GCGGGAUAAUAAUAAAAAGGAUUAAAUGAGACACCUUUUACUUAACAGAGGUUACAAGCUACAUUACAUACAGAGGACAAAGGAUGACAGAUGAAGCCACAAAACCACCAGCUGCAAGAAGACCACUGAGAAAAAGCUACUUCUCGGAGUGACCUCAGUUUACCCACUCACCACGUCCUCACAAUCCUGGUUAUCAAAUCCGCUCAGCGCCAUCAUGGUACACAAGACGGAAAUAAAAAAAUGUAAAAAGUCGGGAUAAGGAGGUCGAGUGUGUGGUGAAGUGAAGAGGACGACAGACUCUGGGAGAGGAUGGAUGAGGGACACAGAAAGAUGAUCGUAGUUUUUCUGCUCUGUGUCAUUGCAGAUAUGCCUGCAGAAAGCAACACUCUGGAUGUGUGUGCCACCUGCCACGCUAACGCCACAUGUGACGACAAGUCGGACGGCUCUGGCAAAGUUUGUAACUGCAAGUACGGGUUUGUUGGAAAUGGGAGAACCUUUUGUCAAGAUAAAGAUGAGUGUCAGAUAGGAGCCAGUAAGAUCUGUGGGCAGCACGCCACCUGCCACAACACAUACAGCAGCUACUACUGUACCUGCCAGCAUGGCUACAGCCCUUCUAACGACAUGGCCGUCUUCAUCCCAAACGAUGGAACCCACUGCCAGGACACUGACGAGUGCAGGAUCACCGGCCUGUGUGGAGAAGGAGGUCAAUGCAGGAAUCUUGAGGGAAGUUUUGACUGCAGCUGCCAGCUGGGAUACCAAGUCCACAAUGGAGAGGAGCCCUUCCACCCUCACACAGACAAAGCUUUCUGCAAAGUGGUUGACUGUGGCCCGCCUGCUUCAGUGAAGGACACGGUGCUGCUGUCAGUCACAGGGACCACAUACAGCAGUGUGGCCAUGUUUGCCUGUGAUGAAGGCUUUGUGUGGAGGAGUGGAGACAACAGCUCUGUUUGUGGAGCUGAUGGACUGUGGAGAGGACCCACCAUGGUCUGUGAAGAGGUUGACUGUGGCUCUCCCCCUGCCCUCCCUCACUCUCAUAUGCUGUGGAAUAAGAGCUCGAGGAUGGGCACUGAGGUGCUUUAUCUGUGCAGUUCUGGAUAUCAUAAUGUUGGAAAGGGCAAUGUAUCCAUCUGUACUGCUGCUGGACAGUGGGAGAGACCAUCCGUGCUCUGUCAAGAGACCUUGUGUGGGAGGCCUCCUAUAAUUGAAUCCACUGAGCAGGUGUGGAACAGUGAUUCAACCCCAGGCAGCACUGUGCUCUAUUUUUGUAAAGAGGGCUUUUAUAACAGAGGCGGACAUAAUGUAUCGAUCUGUAAUGAAAAUGGUCAGUGGAGCCCCCCAACUCUGUCCUGCCAAGUGAUAUUAUGUGGGGAUCCUCCUAUGUUGCCUCACACUGGGCAAGUGUGGAAUGGCAGCUCCACCCCUGGAAGCACAGUCACCUACUACUGUAAGAUAGGAUUUAAUCACAAUGAAGGAAAAAACACAUCAUUGUGUACAAUUAAUGGCUACUGGACAAAACCAAACAUCUCAUGCAAAGGUAACAACUUGCAACAAAACGUUGGGUUUGGUAUUGUUUUCCAGUGCUGUUGUCCAGAGUCAAAUAAUGAUGCAAUUUCCAUCCUUGUAGAAGUUGACUGUGGCGUGCCCCCAUCCAUCCCUCAUUCACUCAUGCUGUGGGAUAAUAUCUCCACUGUGGGCUCUCAGGUUGCUUAUCGGUGUAAUUCUGGAUAUCACAAUGUUGGAGAGGGAAAUGUAUCAGUUUGUACUGCCAGUGGAGAAUGGGAUGGAGCCUCCCCGCUCUGUCAAGAAAUCAAUUGUCAAGAGCCUGUUUUUAAACCUCAUGCUAAAAUGCUGUGGGACGGCACAUCACACAUUGGCAGUGUGGUGCAUUACCAAUGUGAGGAAGGAUAUUACACAAGGAGUCUGAGAAACUACUCAGUAUGUGAAGAGAAUGGACUGUGGGAGGAUAUUGAUCUAUGGUGUGAAGGUGCAAUGUUUGAUGACAGAUAUAUUGUCAAACUACUGUUUUAAUUUGAAACCAUAUGUAGCAGUACUUUGACACAUUGGGAACUAUGCUUAUUUGCUUUCAUGCUGAGAGUUAGAUGAGAAGAUUGACACCACUCUCAUACGUGUGUGUUUAAUAUAAGGCUAUGGCCAUCUUAGCUUAGCAUAAAGAAAGGAAAGAGGGGGAAACAGCUGGCGUGGCUCUGUUCAGUGGUAAGAAAACCACCUACCAGCACCCUAAAAGGUCCCAAAAUAACACAUUAUAUGUUGUUAGUUUAGUAUAAAAAUGACACAUUGUGGUUUUACAGGGGGUUAUGUGCUGAACUAUUUCAGUCUUUGUGCUAUAACUUCACAUUUACUGCUGCGAUAUGAGAGUUUUCAUGUCAUUCAUAAGGGCAGCUCCCAAAAUGUCAAACUCUUGUGUUAGAAUACAAGUAUUUGUAUAUUUCAAUGCAUUGUAAAUGUCUAGCUGAGGUAUGAAAAUACAGUAUGCUCCCAAUACUGUACUCUAAAGUUGCAAAUUCGUUUGAAGCUAUAUUCUUUGCACAUUAAGAGCAGUGUAAUAAGUGUAAUAUGUACACAGAAUAUAUAAAGAGUCAUGUUCUCUUUAUGCUGCAUCUCCUGUUCAGCUGUCAUGGAGAAUUGGACUGUGCUAUUUGUGUUUGUCUUGGUGAUAUACUGUAUGUCUAUUAUUAGCACACAGCCUGUGCUAAUUCAUGUCUAUGCGCAGAAAUAAGCUGUGGUCCCCCACUAAACCUCCCCCAUACUAACCUCCUGUGGGACUGCACCAGCAGACCGGGCAGUGUGGUGCUGUAUGAGUGUAUGGAUGGAUUUUACAAGGAGAGUGGAAAUAAUAUUUCAACAUGUUUACAAUCUGGAGAGUGGGCGAAAGUGUCUGUGAAGUGCAAAGGUACAGUGCUUAUGUCUAUACAUGGACAUGCAUCUACUCAACUGAGUAUUUGUGAUUUUUAACAUGUUAUCGAUAUGUUUUUGUGGAUGCUUUGAUUUAUCUGGGCAUUAACAGAUGAAAGCUCAGUUCUCUGUUGUUUCCGUUGUGGUGAGAGGCUCCCUUUUCUGUAUUGCUUUAGCUCUAUGUUUUGUGUUUGUUGCAGGUUUUAAGGUAAACUGAGGUAAUAAAUAAUGUUUUGUAGCUUUCAAAUUAUCCUGAGCUGUGCUGGUAAAUCUAUUUCUGUUGGUCCAUCUACAGCCGAAUUAAUGUUUAGAACACAGGAAAUGUUGCAUGUGAUGUACUUGACUUCACUCAGCAAUGGCUUUUACAACCUAACGACACCUCCAGUGGAACCCAAACAAGGAUGCAUACAAAUAUGUUUGGAAUAUAUUGUAUAUAAUCAUGCUUAUAAAGCCCCACGAUACUUUACUUGCUGUCAAUUAC